UUGGCUCUUUUGUUGAGGCCACGCCCCGGGCCCUGAGAAGGGUUGACAGGAAAGAUGGCGGCGCCCUUGGUGAGAGCGGCGAGGAGACCGGUGUCCGGGAGGCUGAUAAGUACUGCGGCUGCUCUUUGCCGCCGAGCUGCCCCUCUGGGCCCUCUUCCCAAUGAGCAGUUUGAGGGUAAAGAUUUGGACUCUCUCAAGAAAUAUCGCAGCUUUACCAGGUACAAGAGAGUGGCUGAGGCAGAAAGCAAGAAACCAGUCUGGUGGAGGACAUACCGGCAGUAUUUGUACCCCACAGAUGAUGGAAUGUCGGAGAAGGUGGACAUUGGGCUACCCUAUUUACCAUCCUCUUCAACAGAAUUAAGGAAGGCCCGACAAAAGAUAUGGAAGGACAACCACCGUAACGCAGAACUAGAAAGAACCACACGCCACCGCACAUUGCAAAUAGCUCUGGAUGAAGUUCGAGCAGAAUGGGAACAAACAUGUGGCCCGCAUCACAUCCAGAGAGUAGCCGAACAUUAUGGGGUCUUUAAAGAUCUCUUUGGAGAAGCCACCUUCACUCCUAGACUCACUCUUCGGGUCCAGUAUAACACAGAAGACUCAGUUAUGCCCGUCUAUUAUGGAAAUUAUGUGACUCCAUCUGAGGCUGCAGUGGCUCCAGAAGUGAUGUUUGAUGCACAGGAAGGAUCUUUGUGGACACUUCUGCUCACAAAUCCAGAUGGCCACCUGAGGGAUCCGGGCUCGGAAUAUGUGCACUGGCUGGUAGGAAACAUUCCUGGCAACCAGGUGCUUUCUGGAGAUGAGAUCUGUCACUACUUCCCCCCAUUCCCUGCUAAAGGCACUGGUUACCAUAGACAUAUAUUUAUCUUGUUUAAGCAAGAGGAACGCAUCGAUUAUACAGAAGAGAUGCGACCAAACCCAUGCCACAGUCUGAAGCUGAGAACUUUUAAGACCUUGGAUUUCUAUAGGAAGUAUGAGCAGAAGAUAACUCCGGGAGGUCUGGCUUUCUUCCAGUGCAAAUGGGAAGAUAGUGUUACUCAAGUGUUUCAUCAAUUACUAAAUAUGAAGGAACCCAUCUUUGCGCACCAGUUUCCUCCAGUCUAUCAUCCGCCACAGAAGAAAUUUCCUUACAGUCAGCCCCUCAGAUACUUGGACAGAUACCGGGACUCAGACGAACCCACUUAUGGAAUUUAUUGAUACACAUAUGCUUCUCUGGAAUAAUUGCUUUUGUGCACAUUAAUG